AUGGAUGAAUCGGCCUGGGAUGGAACUUUGUCCGCGAGCGAGUUGUCAGCAUCUGCUCAAGCUUUUGCUGAGAAAUGGAAGCUCAAUAACCCAGCUUACCCUCCAUGGACAUGGGUCAAAUCCCUCAAAGUUCCCAUCUUUGCUACUAUUAAAGUUGAGGAAGGCUACCUCUCGUUGGAGAACGUUUGCAUCGUGAAGUCGAAUGAUGAUGAAGUUGCGUCUUGUGUGGAAGGCGAAGCAAGCUUAUGUGAUAAAGAGGAUGAGGAAUCAACCGACAGUGCUACACUGGUUCAAACGAGUAGUGGUAAUGAUAAUGCUCAACCCUACUAUUUUGAUUUCCACAUAAUCUACAGUGCAUCAUUCAGGGUUCCAGUGCUAUAUUUCCGGGCAUAUUGCAGCGAUGGAAGAAGCUUGGGGUUGAACGAAAUUGAGUCGGUACUUCCAGCCAACUCUGCCAAGGUCUUGCUGGAAUCAAAGUGGACUUUCAUAACUCAAGAGGAGCAUCCGUACCUGAACAGACCCUGGUGCAAAUUACAUCCUUGUGGGAGCAGUGAUUGGAUGAAAUUGCUAUUCCAGGCUGUCGAGCAAGCAAUGGAGCUAUAUCUCGUCUCAUGGUUUUCAGUUGUCGGUCCUGUAAUUGGCCUCAGCAUCCCGAUUCAGAUGCUUAAGGAGCCAUAG